GAGGGAACUCGGAUCAAUAAAUCCCUCGACUCUCACCUGAGUACUUACUCUUGACAAUAAUAUUAACACUCAAUUGAUAAUUCUUUGCCUUGGGGAAUUUGCGAAGUCACUAUACUGUUGGAAAUCUAUAACUGCCGCCAUGGCAGCUAAACGUCUCGUUGUAGCAGGCGGAAGCGGAUUUUUAGGGUCUAGAAUAUGUAAACAUGCCAGCGUCCAAGGCUGGGAGGUAAUAUCGCUAAGGUACAAUCCAACCAUAUAUAUGCACUAUACAAUCAAGUUUAACAUCUCAUGACAGUCGUUCCGGAGAACCCAAAUGGGACACCGUAACCGCAUCCAAAGAACGACCUGGAUGGGCCAGCGAAGUCGAAUGGGCAAAAGCCGACAUUCUCAAACCAAAUACAUACAAACCAUUCCUCAAAGGUGCGACGGCCGUUGUGCAUUCGAUGGGUAUAUUGCUGGAGGCGGAUUACAAGGGUGUUGUGCAGGGCAAAGAGUCGAUUAUCACCGGUUUACAAAGGGCGUUUAGUUCGACGAAGAGGGGCACUCAGGAUCCGUUGAAUAGAGCGGCUGGGGAAGAGUUGAGGCCACAGGAAAGGGAUGGGCAGUUGACGUACGAGGUUAUGAAUAGAGAUACAGCAAUCGCCCUUGCGCAAGAGUCCUCCUUUGAACAUGUUCCCACUUUCGUCUACAUUUCCGCUGCCGCCGGCGCUCCAAUACUCCCAGGCAGAUAUAUAUCUACCAAAAGAGAAGCUGAAGCCAUCAUAUCGUCGUCCCUACCCGAUCUUCGAAGUAUCUUUAUCCGCCCAGGAUUUCUUUAUGAUUCCAGCAGAAAGAUCACUCUCCCCAUUGCAUUGAACGGAAUAAUUGGUUCCCAAGUGGAUGCUCUCCUUGGAGGACGCCUUAAAACUCUUGCAGGAGCCAUGGUUGAGAAGCCACUCAAAGCAGAUGUCGUCGCGCAAGCGGUUGUAGAAUCCAUUGCGGACGAGUCGGUAAAAGGUGUGGUUGGAACGAACAAGAUUGAGACCCUGGCGACCAAAAACUGGCGGAAAAGUAUGCUCUAAAUCGUCGAAUAGGUCCAACUACAAUAAACGGAUAUAUUUCGAUUGUUUUGCAAAGAGAUACUCCGCUCACAAUGCUGUACCACGCUCAAAACUGUCUCUAAUCUCUUUCGUGUACUAUAGGAAUGUUGUUAGAAUAAGCAGCUUGAAUAGAAAAGAAGCGCUCUCACCUUAUCAUAAAACCGAGCAAGCUUUUGGUUAAACUGCUUGUUCUUUUCAUUGAUGUACGUAACAUCAGGAUCUUCCUCACCGCGACGAUCUCGUCGCUUCUUCAAUCGAACUUCUUCCGCCUUCCUCAAAUCAGCGACCAAUCUGUCAACUGCCGCGCGAUCAGGCUUGUUCUCAGUGAAGUCUGUUGAAUCAGCCGUAGAAUAAAACGUCCCAUUUCUAUCCACCGCAACAAGCUCGCCAUCAUUCGUUUCCACAAUCUCCAAUCCACCACUUGCAGCCGCACGCUCCACAGCGGCAAUUUUCUCCUUUUCGUAUGCGUCUAGAUUAGGCUGCAUUUCGCGUAGUUGCCGUUUAUAUACUUUACGAGCAUCCUGGCGGUAGUCUUGGAAAGCCACGUCAUCGCGAUGUCGUUGCUUCUUUUCCAUACGUCUGUCCCAUCGUUCGGACUCUUCAACCGUCCAGUCCCAAGCUCGCUUGCGUUCAAAGUCCUCGCCGGCUUCUUCAGUAUCGGCUUUCAGUAGAUUAUGAGAUGCGAAUGCAUGCUUGCGUGAAAGGUUGGAAAGCAAGGCGGGAUCUGUGGCAAGUCGUUGGGACUCGGCUAUGGUCUCUUU